AUGAAUCCGGCUGUUAAGUACACGCAGCACCGCAGCCACACGAAGCUGGUGGCGAAUUCGGCGGCUGAGUUUGAGUCGGUGAGGCCCAGAGUUGUACGGAUAUCGGUCACCGACGGAGAUGCCACCGACUCAUCCAGCGACGACGAACCGGCCGAGUCGUCGUUCUGCGGGCGCCGCCGAGUCAAGAGGUUCAUCAACGAGAUUACUAUCGAGUCCUGCUCCAGAGAGACUGACGCUGUUUGGAAGAGCCGGACGACGAGGACCGGAAGGAAGAGAGCCUCCCCGAAGUCCGGAGGGCCGGCGAGUCGCCGGACGUUAAAGGCGGUAGCUGCUGCUCCCGCCGGGAAGAAGUUCCGAGGCGUGAGGCAGAGGCCCUGGGGAAAAUGGGCGGCGGAGAUUAGAGAUCCUCUGCGACGUGUACGGCUCUGGUUAGGCACGUACGACACGGCGGAGGAAGCCGCCAUGGUGUACGACAACGCCGCUAUUCAGCUGCGUGGACCUGACGCGCUCACCAACUUCGCUGCUCCUCCGGCGAAGUCCUUGCCAGACGUGAAGCCGGUUAUUAGCUCCUGCUACAAUUCCGGCGACGAGUCUCACAACAAUCUUUGCUCCCCGACCUCCGUGUUGCGGUGUCCAUCACCUUCGAACGAAGAAGCCGACUCGCCGAGUUUGAAAGAGGAGGUUCCGGACAUCGCCGAAUUCCGAAAUGUCCGAGACGACUCUUGUGUAUCGGAGAACUUCUCCGAAUUUUCGGAAUACACCAGUUUCGAAUCGUUUAUCCCGGACGACAUUUUUGAUUUCCAGAUACCUGACUUCUUGGAGGAAACGAGUCUGCGAGAAGUUGGUAUUUUGAAGGAAGAUUUCGGCGACUUUGGAAAUUUCGGCGACAUAUUUGUUGAUUCGGUUCGGGAUUUCGGGUUCGGUUCCUCUGCGUUGUGUGUGGAUGACCACUUCCAAGACAUCGGCGAUCUUUUCAGUUCGGACCCUCUGGUUGCCCUUUAA